AUGUCAAUGGUCUCCAUUCCCAAGUUCCCAGACGCAGCUGCUUUGAUAUCUCUGCAGAAUCGAACUAACAAUUCACUCCAAGUCAACCCCAUAUCUAUUCUAUCAUCAUCAGGUUCGAGAAAACCGGCCGGAUUCCUUACUUCUACUUCAGUCAGCAUCAAGCGAAAGCCUGAUUCUCCUUCCCUUAAACUCUCAACGAUGGCAUCCGUAGGUGCACCAAGUGAAGUAGUUGAUGGUCCAUCUUCUGGAAAAGUUGGAGCCAGUGAUAUGAUGAUUGUUGGACCAGGGGUUUUAGGUCGCUUAGUGGCUGAAAAAUGGCGAGAGGAUCAUCCAGGAUGUCAAAUAGUUGGUCGAACUGUUACUUCAGAUCACCAUCCUGAAUUGGCUGAAUUGGGCAUCAGACCAUUCCUCAAGGAGACAAAAAUAUCUGAAAAAUUUCCAUUUGUUAUAUUCUGUGCUCCUCCAUCAAGGACUAACGACUAUUCUGGUGAUGUCAGGGAAGCCAUAUCUAACUGGAACGGUGAUGGAGCAUUUCUGUUUACUUCGAGCUCUGCUCCCUAUGACUGCUAUGACAAUGGACCAUGUGAUGAGGAUUCCCCAGUAGUUCCAAUUGGAAGAAGUCCUAGGACAGAUGUUCUUCUCAAUGCUGAGAAAGUUGUGCUGGAUGCUGGUGGGUGUGUUGUUAGAUUGGCCGGACUCUACAUAUCCUUUUUGAAAUCUGUUGUAGGUGCACACAUUUAUUGGUUACGGAAAGGGACUGUCGAUGCUCGUCCAGAUCACAUCCUUAAUCUUAUACAUUAUGAGGAUGCAGCUUCACUAUCAGUUACUAUCAUGAAGAAGAGACUUCGUGGUCGUAUCUUUCUGGGUUGCGACAAUCAUCCAGUAUCCAGACAGGAAGUGAUGGACUUGGUUGACAAGAGUGGAAAGUUCAGUGAAAAAUUUGGGGCUUUCACUGGUACUAGUGAUCCUCUAGGAAAGAGAUUGAACAAUUCAAAAACUCGUGAAGAGUUAGGAUGGGAGCCAAAAUACCCCAGCUUUGCCCAGUUCCUUGGGGUUUCCUGA